GAGUGAGUAAGUGAGAAAGAAAAUGUAGAGAAGAGGAAAGAAGAGGAGGUCAGAGUGUAGAGCCACUCCCACAGUCCCACAACACACAAUUCAGAAUUCACAAAGACACAGCCAUCCGCAAUAGUAGGCAAUAAAUAGAAACGAAACACAUAACCAAACAGAAGAAGAAUAACAGAAACGAAUCAUUCAUCAAACUCAAUGCGCCCUCACUCCCAUUCUUCCAAUCUCAGCCGUCCAUGAUCCUUACGCCCUCCAAUCCUAGGGUUACCACCAGCCGCCACAUUUUCACCCUCCUCCACCGCCAUGUCCUCCAAGAUCAACACCCAGAUCGUCCCCCACCCCUGUCCCCACCUCGCCGAGUUCCGCCGCACCUCCUCCAAGCCCUUCCGCGCUCUCCAUGCCUGUCUCCGGAUCAAGCCUCCCGGCGGCCGCGCCGCCCUACGUCGCGAUCCCGACGAGGUCCCCAGCUGCGCCGCCUGCGGCCUCUCCGCUCCCUCCCGCCUCUACUCCUGCAUGACUUGCGCCGCCGUCUCCUGCCAUUCCCCUGCCGCUGGCUCCUCCUCCCACGCUGCAGCUCACGCCGCCUCCAUGCCGCACGGCCACCAGAUCGCCGUCGACGUAGACCGCGCUGAGCUCUUCUGCUGCGCGUGUCGCGACCAGGUCUACGAUCGCGACUUUGACGCCGCCGUCGUGAUCGCGCAGACCGCCGCUUCCACCCUCGGCGGAGCUGGAUCACCGGCAAUCCCGCCUCCCCAGCCUGAGAAUCUCCGGAAGCGACGCAGGGUUGAUUACCGGCCCUGGGCGCCGGAUCUGCGCGAGAGAGCUACGAUCGCGACCUGCUCCGGCCCGAUCGCUGGUGCCGGCGAUAAUUCCUCGCCGGAUUUGCCGUGGGGACUGCGCGGGUUGAACAAUCUCGGGAACACGUGCUUCAUGAACUCGGUGCUGCAGGCGCUGCUUCAUACGCCGCCCUUGAGGAACUACUUCUUGAGCGAUCGGCACAACCGGUAUUUUUGUCAGAGGAAGAGCAAUGCCGGUGACGGUGUUGGAAGCAAUGGGCCGAAGAGACGCGGAGGCAACAGUGGUGGCUCUAACGGGACCAAUAAUGCGCGAGUAUGCUUGGCUUGUGACAUGGAUGCUAUGUUCUCAGCUGCGUUUUCGGGAGAUCGUGUUCCUUAUAGCCCCGCAAAAUUCUUAUACAGUUGGUGGCAGCAUGCAGCUAACCUUGCCAGUUAUGAACAACAAGAUGCGCAUGAGUUCUUCAUUUCCAUGCUUGAUGGGAUCCAUGAAAAGGUGGAGAAGGAUCGUCGCAAGCUGGAUAGUGAAGGCAGUGGUGACUGUUGUAUUGCUCAUAGGGUAUUCUCUGGUAUCCUGCGAUCAGAUGUUAUGUGUAUGGCCUGUGGUUUCACAUCCACAACUUAUGAUCCUUGCAUAGACAUCUCACUGGACUUGGAACCAAAUCAAGUAGGUUCUACCAAGAAGGCCGCAGCAACAUCCAAUCAUUCUUGCAAUGGUGAGUCUGAUUUAAUGAGUUCUAGCCAAAACUGUGGGACAUCUACCCUAGUGGGUUGCUUGGAGAGAUUUACAAGAGCAGAGAGAUUGGGGUCGGACCAAAAAUUUUUUUGUCAGCAGUGUCAAGUCAGGCAGGAAACUCUCAAGCAAAUGUCCAUAAGGAAGCUUCCCCUUGUUUCUUGCUUCCAUAUAAAGAGAUUUGAGCAUUCUUCAACAAGAAAGAUGUCGAGAAAGGUGGACCGCUAUCUCCAGUUCCCCUUCUCACUGGACAUGGCACCUUAUCUUUCAUCGUCAAUCCUAAGGAGUCGGUUUGGGAACAGAAUCUUUCCUUUUGACGGAGACGAGCCCGAUGCUCCGAAUGACAUGUCUUCGGAGUUUGAAUUGUUUGCUGUCGUCACUCACUCUGGCAAGCUAGAUGCUGGCCAUUAUGUAACUUACCUGCGAUUAAGCAAUCAGUGGUACAAGUGCGACGAUGCUUGGAUUACUCGAGUUGAUGAGAACAUUGUGAGGGCGGCCCAGGGUUACAUGAUGUUCUAUGUACAGAAGAUGCUUUACUACAAGGCAACAGAUAAACAGGUUGCCUUGUGAUUUUCACAGGAGAUGGGUCAGAGUCAUUGGAAUUCGUUGGUUUAUACCAGUUUUAUCACCAACAUAUACCGUGGUUCCAUCUAUACAUGAGGAAACCAAAAAAAAAAAAAAAGAAAGAAAGGAACCCAAUUUUUCUUCCCUUCAUAUCUA